CUCUGACAAGUCUUGUCUUUCUUAUCUGCCUGUCCCCAGGCAGGGCUGGCGGACAUUGCUCUGGCGCAGAUUCUUCACUCCUUCCGCUUUCCGGGGAGAAAAUCUAGGCCCCCGCGCGCGAUUAGGAAAGCACCCUUGGACAGCUCCUCCAGCACGGCCCGCCCCCGCCCGGGCUCGCAGGCGCAGGCGCAGUCGCGCGCCUCUUCCGGUGAGCUGCAGAGGCCCAAACGCGGAGCUCCGGCGCGCCAGGCGAGAGGCGGAGCCGCAGCCGUUACGUCACUCGCCUGCGACCGCGCCUGCGCCGGAAAGGAUGCUGCGUGCCGCGCGCCGCUGUCCGGAGUUGCUAGGGCUGCGGCGCCUUUGGAGGCGGACAGGACUUGGGACUCAUUCAUUUCUGCGCCCCUUUAGGCCGCAGUCUUUUGGGGAAGCCCGGUCACUGUGUUAUGAGUCCUCGCCUAGAGACACACGGGAUGCAGAGCCAAAGCGAGAGGCGGCACAAAGGGAAGCCUUGGGUUCAGAGUCGUGCCCGUCUCUCCCGCUCCGCGGCCAGGACAUUGGGGUCGGAUGUCUUUCGUCGCUGGAAAGCCUCAGACCGCGGACGCUGCAGGAGGUGUCAGACCCUCGAGAUCGCGGGGAUUCGAGCGGAGAGCAGCACCAGCCCGAUUCCCUACACUGGGAACCUGGGUUUCCCUCGCUGCCCGCCCUGGCUCGGGCCACGUGUGAGGCCGAAGAGCUUUACGUGUCUUCUUCCUCCCCAUCCUCCAGAGAGCGACCCUUUCAAGCCGGGGAGCUGAUUUUAGCCGAGACAGGGAAGAGAGAAACUCACUUUAAAAAAUUAUUUAGAUUGAGCAACAUUGGACACUUAAAUAGUAUGUGGGGGUCAGUCCCGUACAGCAAGAUCGUGGGAAAGUUGCCUGGCCAGAUACUGACGAGUUCUCUUGGUAAGCGUUUUAUGCUGCGGAGGCCAGCAUUGGAAGACUAUGUAUUACUGAUGAAAAGAGGGCCUGCCAUAACAUACCCAAAGGAUGUGAAUGUGGUACUGAUGAUGAUGGAUAUCAACCCGGGCGAUACCGUUUUAGAAGCUGGCUCUGGCUCUGGUGGAAUGAGCUUAUUUUUAUCCAGAGCAGUUGGAUCCCAAGGACAAGUCAUAAGUUUUGAAAUACGAAAAGACCAUCAUGAUGUGGCAAAGAGGAAUUACAAACACUGGCGUGAUUCAUGGAAUUUAAGUCAUGCAGUAGAAUGGCCCCACAAUGUGAACUUUAUUCACAAGGAUAUUUCAGGAGCAGCUGAAGACAUAAAAUCGUUAACAUUCGAUGCGGUAGCUUUGGAUAUGUUAAAUCCUCAAGUGGCACUGCCUGUUUUAUACCCAUGUCUUAAACAGGGUGGUGUAUGUGUUGUAUACCUAGCAAACAUCACACAGGUUAUUGAACUUUUAGAUGGAAUUCACAUCUCUGAACUUGCUCUCUCAUGUGAAAAGAUAAGUGAGGUCAUUGUCAGAGACUGGUUGGUUUGCCGUGUGAAAGACAGAAACAGAAUUUUACCUAAAAAAGUGGAACCUAAAAUCAACACAGAUUUACAAUUACAUCCUGAGAAGGAACCUGAAGAUGAAGCUGAGUUGUUUCAAGAGGAUAACCAUGUAGAAGAAUCACAAUCUGAUUUCCCAUACGGACCCUUACCCUAUAUUGCAAGACCUGUCCACUGGCAAAGUGGUCAUACAGCUUUCCUUAUUAAGUUGAGGAAGGUCAAACCAUAAUUUAACUGAGGAUUUCAGAUGACAGCAAUGGAUUUGAAGACGAAAGAGUAUCAAGCUAGAACUUUAUAUUGCUAAUCACUACUUUUAGAUUUUUUUUUUUAGCUAUUACUAUGAUUUGUAUAACUUUUACAUAGAAGUUUGAAAAAAAAGCCAAAGAAAGCUGUGUAACCCUGCAAAAUUGCUUAAAUGUCCCAUUUUGACAUUUGUCUUGCAUUUGACAUUUUGUAGCUAAUGAUUCCAAGUUGCUUUAAUUGAACACUCUUAUUCUUCAUUGCUUGUAAACCACUCCAUAGAAUUAUCUUUCUUCAUGAAGUUAGUUUUCUUUUCUUUGCUUGCUUGAUGUUCAUUUGCUACUGAAAUAAAAUAGGCACUUUAAGAUAAAUUUUCUGUACCUGUAUAUUUUAAAUAUGUAUUUUAAUGGUUUGUGCAUAAUUUAAAAAUAAUAAAAUUUGGGCUAUAGUAAAACUAUUGAUAAAACUAAGGAAAGGUAUAGUUAACUUUAAAACUAUUUUUUUAUGAAAUGUAACUCUUGGGGCUGGGGAUUUAGCUCAGCGGUAUAAGCACCUGCCUUGCAAGCAGGCAGUCGUGAGUUCGAUCCCUGGUACCGAUUAAAGAAAAAAAAAAAAGACAUUUAACUCUUUUGGGCUGGGGAUUUAGCUCAGCAGCAGAAGCACCUGCCUGGCUAAGCACAAGGUCCUGAGUUUGAUCCCUGGCACCAAAAAAAAAGUAACUUUUUAAAAAAUUCUGGUUAUUGAGCCCAGGGCCUCAAGUAUACAUGCUAAGUACAUGAGCUAUAUUAUAUACUCCAAGACUGAUAACUGUUGACUCUUUCCUCUCAAUCUUUUAACCAGUUUGAACAUCUGUAAGAGUCGCUGUAUAUAAGUAAAAUGUAGAAAUAUAAGUUAGACAUGAAUUACUUAGGGAUAGGGCUUAUUAAUCAUUUUUGAAAAUCAGUUACUUUGCAUUUACUAUAUAUCACACAUUCUGUAAAGAACUUUAUAAAAAGCUUUGCUAAGUAGGUGAAGAAACAGAACAGGCCCCAGCUGCUGGGACUCAUGCCCCAUAUGGUGGCUUCCAGUACCAAGGUCCCAGAAAGAUCCUGACCACCCAGACAUGUCAGUUUUGAGUGUAUGGUUUUGAAUCUCCUUGUGAAAGUGGUUUUGUUCUACCUUUUAUAUCUUCUAGCUCUCUUUUCCUUCAGUCUUCUGCAUCAGUUUCCCCAGGUUGGUGGGAUCCAUCUUUGUCCUCCAACCUACUUGUAAUCUCUUUCUCUUUUCCCACUUCUGUUUUCUCUUUAAUCCAUUUUGAAUCUUAGCCCUUGAGGGCAGAAUUGAUAUAUUAUGGGCUUAUAUACUGUAUAAAAUUGUUUUAUAUGGUCACAAAUUUAGUUUGUAUGGUUAAAAGUUGCAAAUCACUGGCAACUAACAAGUAUCACUUGAGGAAUUAAACUGAAAAAGAAAAGAAAUGAGAAGGUACUUAAACAAGAUACGACCUCAGACACCAAGUUCACCAAAGGCAAACCUAGGGGCUGAUGAGGCUGGAAAAUCCAAAAGCCCCUUAUGAGGUCUCUAUGAAGUGGUAACAAAGCAAUUGAAUGAGGCUCUAGAAAAAAAUGAAAUCAGAAAUAAUCUCUUAAAUAACUAGAGAUUACCAAUAUACACACCAUGCUUAUUGUUGUCAGAGCAGACAAAGACAAAUAAGUAGACAAGCUUAAGCAAAUUAUGAAAGCACAACAUAGGAAAGAAAUGGACUCCUUAAAGCAGAUUUAAACAGAUAUCCAGGAGAAUAAAAACUCCAUUGAAGGAGGCUGGAGAUUUAGCUCAGCGGCAUAAGAACCUGCCUUGCAAGCAGGCCGUCAUGAGUUCGAUCCCCGGUACCAAUAAAAAAAAAAAACAAAACUCCAUUGAAAGUAUCUGAAGCAGAUUAGGCCAGUGUGAGGAUAGGAUCUCAGAUACUGAAGAUAGGCUUGCAGUUCGUGACCAGCAAAAGAAAAGAUUUUUCAAAAACUAUCAAGGGAACAUUGAGGAAUCAAUCCAGCAGCUGCUAGAUGGAACAAAGAAGAAUAAUUUAAGAUUAACUGGAGUCAAUGAAUAAGCAGGAAAUACCACAAAUGAUAUUAAAAACAUAAAUGUAAUACAUCAUAUUAACAGAGCCAAGGAUAAAAAUCAUACAAUUAUCUCAAUAAAUGCAGAAAAGCUUUGACAAAGUCCAGCACCCAUUCAUGAUUAAAAACUAUACAGAAAAUUGGGAUAGAUGGUCUUUAUCUCAAUCUGAUAAAAGCCAUCUAUGGCAAAUCAACAACCAAUAUCAUACUAAAUGGUCAAAAACUGAAAGCUUUCAUGCUAAAAUCAGGAACAAGACAGGGAUGUCUACUAUCACCACACUAUUCAAUAUAAUGCUGGAAAUAUUAGAGCAAUUAGACAUGAGAGAAAAAUAAAAGGAAUAAACAUGAGAAAAGUUAAAUUAUAAUUAUUUGCAGAUGACAUGAUACGUUACAUAGAAGACCCCCAAACUCCCCUGAAAGACUUCUAGAUAUAAUAACCAAAUUCAGUAAUGUAGCUGGAUACAAAGUUAACACUCAAAAAUUAAUAGGCUUCUUGUACACAACAAAUUCACUGAGAGAGAAAUCAGGGAAACAACACCUUUUACAAUAGCAUCCCCCCAAAUAAGAUACUUAGGAAUCAAUCUAGCAAAGGAUAUAAAAAACCUCUAUAUUGAAAACUAUAGUACUCUGAAAAGGGAGAUUCAAGAGGAUAUUAGAAAAUGGAGAGAUAUCCCAUCUGUAAUACAGAUUCAAUGCAAUCCCAAUCAACAUUCCAAUAGCAUAUCUUACAGAAUUAGAAAAAUAAUCCUAAAGUUCAUAUGGAAUCAGAAGAGAAUAGUAAAGGCGAUCCUAGGCAACAAAGACAAGACAGGGGGCCUCACAAUCCCUGAUUUGAAAUUGUACUAUAAAGCUUCUGUGAUAAAAACAGUGUGGUACUGGCAAAAAAAAAAAAAAAAAGAAAAGAAAAAGAAAGAAAGAAACAGACCUGAAGAUCAAAGGAAUACAUUGGAAGAUGCAGACACAACUGUAAAUACACUAAGCUACCUUAUCUUUGACAAGAUGCCAAACACAUUCACUGAAAAAAAGAUAGCCUCUUUAAUAAAUGGUAUUGGAAAAAUUGGCUUUCCAAUGCUGACAAUUAAAACUGGACCCAUGGUGGAAGUUCUGGGAAAGGUGGUGGGUAGAUAACAGCAAACCAUAGAGACUCCCCGAGAUAGUCAACUUAGGUGCCAAAAUAAUACGGCGUGGGGAGUCCUGAACAGAGUGAGAUGGAUCCUCUUGACCCAGGAAGAAACUAAGGUGAGAAGAACCAGUCAAAUAUGCAGUCCCAGUGCAACUAUUGGAACAGCUAAAGGUUCAGUGUUCCUGCUGCGGUGCCCGAACUUGCACGGCCAUGACUUACCAAGCUGCCCAGAUUCCCGCCAUUUGAACUCACUGGAACCACAGUUGCACUGAGGUUGGGGGCCAGCAGGCCCAACGGAGAGCCGAGUUGGAGGAGGACCUUCAUCAACCUGCAGUGAGUGCCAGGAAUAAAACCCUUCCACGGAAAAGGGUGCCAUUCCAAUGGGACAACAUCUUGGAACUGGGCAGGACUGGCAAGAAUAAGGAACAGCAGUGGCUUCAGUCAGUUGUUCCCUUCCCAGAUGGAAUUGGUGGGGUGUGCUUGGCCUGGGUCACGCCCCUGGCUGAGACCCAAUAAGCCAUCCCAAACCAAUUCCCAACAUGUGGCGCAUACUAACACAGUGAAGGCCUCAGCACUUUGAGUGACCCAGAGGGGAGGGGCCAGCAUAUGCUGCCCCUGGUUGCACCACAAUAGCACACUGGUGGGGGCAGGAUCACCCAGCAAGUGUGCUUUAGAAGAACCAUAACCAACAAAGAAAGAAACUGGGGCCUCCUCUAUACACCUGUAUGGAAGAAACAAAAAAUAUGAGAAGAGGAAGCAACAAGAAAAAUUUCCCAGCCCCCGACCCUGAGAACAUUGAUUCAGGACACAUAAAUACAAAGGAGAAUGAGGACAGCAAGCAUGCAAUAUCAGACACAGCAGCAGUGGACAUAAAGAGAUAUCUUUAGGACCUCAUAGACAAGUUCAAAAGUAAAAUAUUUAACCAAGUAAAGCAAGAUAUAAAUAGAUUAAUAAAAGAAAUGCUAAGUGCCUCUUAAGACACAGAUGGACGAAUGGAGAAACAAAAAAAGGGGAGAAUCAUUUGAUGAGGAAUGUAAAGAAAACAUACAAUACAUGAAGCAGGUUCAAAGAGAUUACUAGGAAAUAAAAACUCCAUUGAAAGCUCGGAAAAAUGCUUGAAAGAAACUAAGGGUAGAUUAUCCAAACUAGAGGACAGGUUUUCAAUGUGGGAUCAUGAAAGGAAAAAUUUCUUAAAAAUAACAAGGAAACAAGCUGUAACAAUACAAAGGCUAGAAGACGACAAGAGGAUCUAUAACUUAAGAAUAAAGAAUGUGAAUGAAGAAGCAGGGGUACAAACAAAGGAAUUAGAGAGGCUAUUCACAGUAAUAAUUAAGGAAAACUUCCCAAACAUAGGAAAAGGAGAUGACAUUAGAUGUAUGAGGCAUACAGAACUCCAGCCACCUACAAACAAAACAGAGCCUCACCCAGAUAUAUAAUAAUCAAGAUGCCAAAAAUUCAAUAUAAGAACAGAAUAUUAAAAGUUGUCAGAGACAAGAAACAGAUUACUUACAAAGGAAAACGCAUCAAAAUUACGGCAGACUUAGCGACACAGACCAUCAAAUCAAGAAGAGCUUGUAGCAAAAUAUUCCAAGACCUGAAAGAAAAUAACCUCCAGCCCAGAUUAAUAUACCCUGCAAAACCCAAAAGUGCACAGUGCACCCUGGGGGAGUGAAAGGGGAGGGAUAGUUUUCAAAAAGACGGCAGAAGAUAUUCUAUCCCAGUUGGUCUAUAUGCACUAGAUCUGAGGGCACAGACAGCUAUCCCCAAAAACAUCAGCAUCAGGAUAUAGCACAGUAAUCAUCUUUAAUUUCCUAUUAACUUAAUCUGGAGCUCUGUAUAAUUUAUGCUGUUUUAUCAUGACUGAUCUUAGUUAAAGCUGGUUUGUUUGAUUGCUGUUUGUUAUCGACAGAUUUUAUUCAAAACUGUUAUGAUAGUAUCAAGUCUAAGAGUAUAGACAACUGCACUGAAAAUGACAAGAUUCACUAUGAUACCCAUUCUGGUUUGAUUACUACCUGUUUUUGUAGUCUUACACUAUCUACAAAGUUGUGUUUUUAUUAAUACUGUUAUGUACUGAUACAUUCAAUUAUACUAUGUCUGAUGAUAUAGCCAAUUCUAUUGAAGAUAAGAUACAACACAGUAACCGUGGUAGAACUCCUUGUACAGCAGUUUUAUGUCUUUUUCAUUUUAUAUGUUUAUAGGAAUAUGUUUUGUUUUGCCUUGCUUUGUUGUUUCUCCAAUAUAGAAAGCAUAGAAAUACACGUUAAGACUCAUGCAUGCGUAGAACCUAUAAACAGUUUAUGAGAACUGCUCUUAUGACACAUGUUGAAAUGAACAAAUACUUUGAAGAAAAUAAGACACUGCAGUACCAGUGCUGAUCCCAAAGUGUCAUGAUGUGAAACCCUGCAAUACUAUUAUUCUUUGUUCAGAGUGAUUUUAGCCUGCUUUGGUUUAUUUAAUCUCAACAUAAAUGAAGAUAUGGAUAACUGCAUGUAUGUUUAAGUGUAUAAGACUGAUAACUGUAUUAUUAAGUUUUGUUAGAUAGUUGAAUAGAACUGUUUGCAGUCUCAUUUUAAUUCACACUUUAUAUAUUCCACUUUUGUAUCUUGAACAACUAUUUGUAAGAGGACAAUAUGUAAACAUCAACUAGUGAUUUCUGUUUAUUUUUUCUUUGAAAGUAUGUAUUAUUUCUACCCAUUUUCUGUUUUGUUUAGUCUUUCUUUAAAUAAAAUUUUUAAAAAACUGGA